AUGGUUACAUCGCAUAAGAAAAAAAGAUUUUCACUGUUCAGCUCUCAACCAAGUUCUCCAAUUCAGACACCAAUUCUCGGAUCGUCACUUAAUAGUUAUUUCCCAGGACAACCAAUUCUAAAUGAUAAAGCAUUGGGUCUGAAUGAUGUUCAAAAAGCAGUCGAAAAUCUUGGACGUCUGGUUUCAGAUGCCGGAAAUUUUUGUGAUUUGGUUGAUAGACUUGCAAAAGCCUCAAAAGCUUUUAGCAAAUCUCUCAAAGAAUAUGGAAAUAACAAGGGAAUGGAUAAUUCUCAUGUAAUGUGUCUUCAAGCUGCGUCUCAAUUUUAUGAGAAUUAUUCCGACGCUCAAAACAAGUCGAGUAAGCAUCUACAAAAAGAAUUCGAAGCAUUACAAAAAUUCUGGGAAAAAUAUUCAAAGAAAGUUGCUAAAGAAGAAAAAGCAUUUGAAAGUGUUAAUGAGCCAUAUAAACAAAUAAAAAAAAUUGAUAUUGAUUAUGAAAAAAAACCAAAGAAAGAUAAUAAAGCAAUUUCAGAAGCUCAAGAGAAAAAUAUUACCUAUAAAAAUCAUGUUGCAAAGCGAGAAAAACAAGCUCAUGGCCAAGUUAUGCAGAUAAUUUGUCGGAUAACAGAUGGUCAAUUUACCUUGUUUAAUGAGUCAUUAAAAAAAUGUGGAGGAAUUGUUACAAAGAUAAAUGAAUGGUCUGCAUUUGCUACAAUGGGAAUCCCUGCUCCUCAAGAAAUUGAUAGUAUUUUGGAAGAACAGAUUCGAUCUCCAAUCGAAGAUACAUCUGUACUUUCACGCAAGUUAUCGCGAAAAUAUUCGCAUCGUAUAUCAAAAUCCAUUGCAUCUAUAUCAGAUAUGCAAUUAGCUGCAAUGAAUUAUAUGCCAUCAAAUACUUCAACUCCUUUAAUUGAAGAACCUGAAAAUUAUCUUUCUCAAUCUUUAAAUUCUCUACAAUCAACAGAAAUACAAAUUCCACACAUUAAUGCUACAAAAUCAGAACACUCAUCUCCUAUAAAUAUUCUUCAUCAUGAGCCAAUGAAAAGAAAUAUUGUGAUGAAUGAAAAAACAUCGAGAAACCGUUUAUCUCUUCCAAUUUGUCCUACAUUUUCUUCAAAUAUUAAUCCUUCAGCUCAAGAUUUAAUAUCAAAAAUUUCUAUUGGUAUAGAUGAAAAUGAUGCACCUUUCUUUAGGGAUUAUGGUGAUUAUGAUAUACUUAAUAUUCAGCAAAUUGCAAAAACAUCAUCUUUAACAGGAAAUGAAGUUAAAAGGCCAAAUGAUCAAAUCAACAAGUUGCCCUCUGUAGAUAAUUUUAAUGCCCAUACAAAUUUAAGUAUUGAUACAGAAAUUGGAGAUCCUGAAAUUAUUUCUGAUGCACAGUUUGAUGACUCACUUGACAAUGAAGAAAAUGAAAAUUCAAGUAACAAAAAAGUUAACAAAAAAUAUAGUUUUGAAACCCAAUAUUUAGUUCAUUCAUUUCCGAUUAAUCUUCCUGUCCGCACACCACCUUAUUCACCUUCAGUAUCUCCAAAACAAACACCCAACGUUAAUUACAUUAUUCCUAACUUUGAACAAAAACACAUCACAAAAUCAAAUGAUGAAUUGGGUCCAAAAAAAGGAGCACAUGUAUACCAUAAUUCUGAUGGAGGUAUCAAUCAUAAUCGUGGCCCAUUAACAUCAAAUUCGGUGCAUAGUGUUCCAAGGCAAGGUCACGUUAAUAAUCUACUUUCAAAAUUUGACGCUGGAAGGACUUCUAAACAAGAAAAAGUUGUCGAUAAUUUUACACAUGUUAACGAGUCCACUAAAGAAAUCGAUGAUUCAUCCAAUAUGAAUGAAUCAAAUAGAAUGAAUAUAAUUAAUAGUAUAUAUUCCACUUUCGGAAAUACUUUUGGAAAGAAGAAAUUUUUCCUUCAGUAA